AUGCCCGCACUAGAAAUAAGCAGUAAAUCUGUGGUUAUCUGGUCAGCAAGUUCUGGCAAUAAAGCCACUGCCGCCGGUGCAAAGAAUUCUGGGAUGUCUGACAGUGAAAUGGAUGGAAGGACUCACAUUCCAUCUCUGCUUACUGUCCUUUUGUCCAGAAAUCGAGUCAUGCAAAUGAGCUACUUGAAAAGUAAAGAACAAGGAUAUGGAAAGCUAAGCAGUGAUGAAGACCUCGAAAUAAUUGUUGAUCAAAAACAGGGAAAAGGCUCUAGGGCGGCAGAUAAGGCUGUUGCCAUGGUGAUGAAGGAGAUACCGAGGGAGGAGUCUGCUGAAGAAAAGCCCCUCCUUACUAUGACAUCACAGCUGGUGAAUGAGCAGCAAGAGAGCAGGCCCCUCCUGAGCCCCUCCAUCGAUGACUUUCUGUGUGAAACCAAAUCGGAGGCAAUAGCAAGACCAGUAACAUCCAAUACAGCCGUAUUGACCACAGGCUUAGAUCUCCUUGACCUGAGUGAACCAGUCUCUCAAACCCAAACCAAAGGCAAGAAGUCAGAGCCUUCAUCAAAAACUUCAUCCCUCAAGAAAAAGGCUGACGGACCUGACCUCAUCAGUGCAGAUGCUGAGCAAAGAGGCCAACCUCUCCGGGCUCCCGAGACGUCAUCCUUAGAUUUAGACAUUCAAACUCAACUGGAAAAGUGGGAUGAUGUGAAGUUUCAUGGAGAUCGAAAUAGCAAGGGUCAUCCAAUGGCAGAGAGAAAGUCAUGCUCAUCCAGAACUGGAUCAAAAGAGCUCUUAUGGUCCUCAGAGCACAGAUCUCAGCCAGAACUGAGUGGUGGGAAAAGCGCCCUCAACUCAGACUCAGCUUCAGAGUCGGAAUUAGUGGCUCCAACCCAGGCUCGACUGACAAAAGAACAUCGCUGGGGAAGUGCAUUACUUUCUAGAAACCACUCCUUGGAGGAGGAAUUUGAAAGGGCAAAAGCAGCAGUGGAGUCAGAUACAGAGUUUUGGGAUAAGAUGCAAGCAGAAUGGGAAGAAAUGGCCAGGAGAAACUGGAUAUCUGAGAACCAAGAAUCCCAGACUCAAGUGACAAUCUCAGCCAGUGAGAAGGGAUAUUACUUUCACACUGAGAACCCCUUCAAGGACUGGCCGGGAGCGUUUGAAGAAGGUCUGAAGAGACUAAAGGAAGGAGACCUGCCAGUCACCAUCCUGUUCAUGGAGGCAGCAAUUCUGCAGGACCCUGGAGAUGCUGAGGCAUGGCAGUUCCUGGGGAUAACCCAAGCAGAGAAUGAAAAUGAACAAGCAGCCAUUGUCGCCCUCCAGAGGUGCUUAGAAUUACAGCCUAACAAUUUGAAAGCUCUGAUGGCUCUGGCUGUGAGUUAUACCAACACUGGCCAUCAGCAGGAUGCCUGUGACGCUCUCAAGAACUGGAUUAAGCAAAAUCCAAAGUACAAAUACCUUGUGAAGAGCAAGAAAGGAUCUCCGGGUCUCACCCGACGGUUGUCCAAGUCCCCGGUUGAUAGCUCCGUUCUGGAAGGAGUGAAAGAACUGUAUCUGGAAGCUGCCCACCAAAACGGAGAUAUGAUCGACCCGGAUCUACAGACAGGGCUGGGGGUUCUGUUCCACCUGAGUGGAGAAUUUAAUAGAGCAAUCGAUGCAUUUAACGCUGCCUUAACUGUUCGGCCAGAGGACUAUUCAUUAUGGAACCGUCUCGGGGCGACCUUGGCCAAUGGAGACCGCAGCGAGGAAGCGGUGGAGGCCUACACGCGAGCAUUGGAGAUUCAGCCAGGCUUCAUCCGGUCCAGAUACAACCUUGGAAUCAGCUGCAUCAACCUGGGAGCCUACAGAGAAGCAGUCAGCAACUUUCUCACCGCCCUCAGUUUGCAAAGAAAGAGCAGGAAUCAACAGCAAGUUCCUCAUCCUGCAAUCUCUGGGAAUAUCUGGGCUGCCCUCAGAAUCGCACUGUCUCUGAUGGACCAACCGGAACUCUUCCAGGCGGCUAAUCUUGGUGACCUGGAUGUCCUCCUAAGAGCUUUCAACUUGGAUCCUUGA